AUGCAUGGUCCCAUGAGCGGCCGUAAAAUAGCAGGCGAAACAGAUACACUCAAAGUAAUUAAGGUUGCUGCCAAGGACGGCAAAACCGGCCAGGAUUUGCAGUUGCAUUAUUCCAACUGCAAGGUGGCUGGUAAUGGUUCAUUUGGUGUCGUCUAUCAAGCAAAAUUAUUGCGAACAGGUGAAGAAGUAGCAAUAAAAAAAGUGCUACAGGACAAACGCUUCAAAAAUCGAGAGCUACAGCUUAUGCGAGGGCUUAAUCACCCCAAUGUAGUUGAACUUAAAGCCUUUUUCUACACACAAAUAGACAAGAAAGAUGAGGUAUAUCUUAAUUUGGUACUUGAAUAUGUACCAGAAACUGUUUAUCGUGCAAUCAGACACUACGCCAAAACAAAGCAAACAAUGCCUAUGCUCUACGUCAAAGUAUAUACCUAUCAAUUAUUAAGAUCCUUAGCAUACAUACAUUCACUUGGUAUCUGCCAUCGCGACAUUAAGCCACAAAACCUACUUCUUGAUCCCUCGACAGGGGUACUCAAACUGUGUGAUUUUGGAAGUGCCAAGGUACUUGUGGCAGGGGAACCAAAUGUGGCCUAUAUUUGCUCGCGCUAUUACCGGGCCCCAGAGCUUAUCUUUGGUGCGGUGAAUUAUACUGUCAACAUUGAUAUUUGGUCAGUAGGAUGUGUUAUGGCGGAACUAAUACUGAGCCAGCCGCUGUUUCCUGGUGAGAGUGGACUCGAUCAAUUGGUUGAGAUCAUCAAGGUUCUCGGAACACCCAACAAGGAGCAACUGCUUGCCAUGAACCCAAAUUACACUGAACAUCGUUUCCCCCAGAUAAAGCCUCAUUCUCUGUCAAAGGUCUUCAAGCCACGGACACCCGCAGAUGCCAUUGAAUUUCUAAGUGAACUAUUGCAAUAUGAACCCAGAAAGCGACUGGAAGCCAUUGACGCACUCGCACAUCCAUUUUUCGAUGAACUACGGGACCCAAAUACGCGAUUGGCACAAGGAAUGCCAAUUCCACCACUAUUCAAUUUCACAUACUAUGAGCUUUCAAUAAAACCAGAACUGCUCUACAAGCUCGUACCACGUCAUUGUGAGGAUGAGCUACUGUCUAGAGGCAUUGAUAUUCAUAAUUUCGAACCCUUAUCCGAAGAAGAAAUGAAGAAUAGCAUACCUAAGCAUUAG